AUGUCUUCUUUUGAAGGAAAAGUUAUUGCCAUUACUGGCGCAGCCUCCGGCAUGGGCCUUGCCACUGCCCAGCUGCUAGCAUCGCGGGGAGCCCUAAUUUCACUUGCCGACCUUAAUGAGGGUGGUCUCAAACAGGCACAGGCAACUCUUGCAUCUAGCGACAAGCAUCUUUCAAUAUCUGUCGAUGUGCGGGACAGCCAAUCUGUAAACUCAUGGAUUGAGCAGACCGUCAAGAAGUUUGGCAAGCUGGACGGCGCCGUCAACAUGGCGGGUGUCAUUGUUCCCACUACCCCGGUGAAGGAUAUGAAGGACAGUGACUGGGACUUCAUGUUUUCUGUCAACACCCGUGGCGUUUUCAAUUGCAUCAGGGCUCAAUUGAACGCCAUGACGGACGGAGCAAGCAUUGUAUCUGCAGCCAGCGUAUUUGGCCAGUUUGGAGCACCAGGAAACUCGGCGUAUUGUGCUAGCAAAGCUGCCGUCAUCGGCCUUACCCGCACUGCGGCAAAGGAAAACCAGAAGAUCAGAAUAAACUGCGUUUCUCCAGGAUCUGUCAACACCCCCAUGUCUCGCGGCGAAGACCCGGAACAUGUGAAGAAGGGCCUGCAAGUCACUGCACAGAAGCGAAGAGCAGAGCCUUCCGAGAUUGCGACGGUCAUUGCGUUCCUGCUCAGCGAUGAAGCCUCUUUUGUGACAGGAGCUGUUUACAAUGUUGACGGAGGUUGGGUAUGCUAA